UACAGACUGCAAGUAAUCUACCAUUUGUUCCAUUUAAUUGCGUAGAAUCUGAGUUUCAAAAAUUACGUAAUCGCAAUUGCAUGGAUUCUGGCUAUAUAGUGAUGACAAAAUAAAUACUUGAUGAAAAAAAUCUGUAUUACCACUUCAAGUUAAUUAAUUUGUGAUUAUACUUUAUGACUGCUACACAUAACUAUUGUGGUAACAAACUUAAUCAUCACCUUGUUUUUAUUUUACCACCAAUGAUACAUUUUCUUAGAGUGCUUGAAUUUCCAUUUGGUAUUAAACUUUUUGUUACGUGUUUUGUUAUGGGUUGCUGCUCGUGUUGCGCGAGUCUUUGCUCUAAAUUUCGCUUUUCCUUUCGAAAAGAAUAAAACAAGAAGACCUAGAAAUUGGAGCUUCCGUCGCUGAAAGGAGCGUUUCAGCUUUACUCCGACAGAUUACUCGUGUUUUAUUGAGAUGAAAUAAACCUCGUAACUGCUCUUGCUCCAGUAUUAUACUUCAAGUUGCCUGGUUUUAUUAUUCGAGUUGUUGCGAAGCCCAUCCUUUUCCUGCACGAGCCUCCCCAUGGCGAUCUUCCAUCCUUUUCCUGCACGAGCCUCCCCAUGGCGAUCUUCCGACGUUAUUUGUUUAUCAUCAGCAGCAAUUAUUCGUGGGCAAGCUAAGUAUUGGUGAAACAUUUUAUAAUUAGCUAAGCUCUCUUAUUAUUUGAUGGGUAGGCUUUUUCAAGAUGAACAAAGCACGGGACAGCCAGAGGACGCCAGAGAAAAUACCAGUUUAUUUUGCUUGAAUCGUUCAACGAUUCUCCAAAUUAAACAGGAGAAGAGAGAAAAUCAAAUGCAUGCAAACGUGAAGUGCUGCAGUCUCCUCUCAGUCAAUUUCCUGCCCCCCGCCUUCCCUGCUCUUCUGUCUCCUCGGCGAUGUCGACCUUCGCGGAUUCUGCCGCUGGUUUUUCUCAUCCCAACCCUUUUUAGCAUUUCCCUUUUUUAUUUUCGUAUCAAUCCUUCGUCUCCUAAAACGUUUAGCUGUACCUGCUCUAUCUAUCUCUUCUUGUGUUGUAAAUUUUCUUUUUCUUUGAUUAAUCCAAAAUACUCCAUCCAUUGAUGUCCUCCGCUGAAAGAAGAAAACUCCCAACCAAUUUCUUUAGACUUUGUUUUGUUCUUCAUCCGAACCACCUCAGACCCAGUUUGUAGAUUAAGUUUCGAUGGCCGGAACUUCUGAGCCUGCUGCUGUCUCGGGGAAAGACCAACUCCAGAAACUGCUCGAUCAAGAAGAUACGAUCCUGAGGCGGGUUUUCAACGCAAAUAUCGCGGAUGUCAAGUCUCUCUUGGAGGGUAUAAACAGGCUGAUAAGAGACACGAACGGAGGAGAUGACACCUACAAUCUGAAAGCGUCUCUCCGAGAGCUGAGAGAGAUUGCUUACGACACUGAAGACUUGCUUGAUGAGCUGAUGUUUUUCUCUGGGAAGUACAGCCGGCAAGGCACUACUGGCUUUUUGUCUGGGGCUGUGCAAUUCGUCAAAUACCUGUCUGCUCGCUGCCGCGUAUUCAUGCAGGUCCGGGAAAUGAGAGCUCGCCUUCGCGCCAUCGAUCAGAGGAACUUGACGGUGACGAACUUCUCCGAUCGGGAGAAGCCGGCCAAUCUCACAAGGUACAGAUUGGAUGAGCACCAGUUGGCUCCUCUUUUCUUCGAGGAAGCCGAUUUCGUCGGCACCGAUGAGCCGAAAAAGGAUAUGAUUCAAUUGUUGAUGGCAGGAGAGGUGACUUUGAAGGUGAUUUCUGUGGUGGGGAUGCCUGGAUCGGGCAAGACCACUCUCCUGAGAAGCGUCUUCAACCAUGAAAACGUUAGAGGGUCGUUUGAGUACCAUGCGUGGAUCAUCGUGACCCCCGAGUACUCGAUCAAGGAGCUUCUGAGAAGCACUUUGAAUCAGAUCUUCGAGGAGAGGCAGGAGCCGAUGCCCGCGAGCACCAAUAUCAUGAGCGAGUUUCAGCUGGUGGAGAUGAUAAGCCGCUGUCUCAGAAACAGAAGAUACAUUUUUGUCUUUGACGAUGUGUGGAGUUCCGGGUUUUGGGAGUAUUUCAAGUACGCACUUCCCGAUAAUAACUGCGGUAGCCGCAUUGUGGUUGCUUCACGAAGCGCUGAAGUUGUUUCAGCUUUCAAGGUUUCUAGUGAUAACUCUGGGAGCGAAGCGAAAAAGGGGCUCGACUCUGAUUCAAAAGAUGUUCAUCAUUAUUAUCUUAGCCCACUUCCUCGUAAUUAUGCUUGGUCGCUCUUCUGCAAGAAAGCUUUCCAAUCUGAGUCCUGUCCUCCGGAGCUGGAGUACCUCUCGUGGAAAAUCAUUGAGAAGUGUUCGGGUUUGCCUCUUGUAAUUGUGGCGAUUGGCGGGCUACUAUCAACGAAGGGGAGGAAUGUCGAGGCUUGGAAGGGAAUGCUUGAGAGCCUCGAUUGGGAAAAAGAUGAAUGCCCUCCAUUCAUGCAUGUUAUGAGGUUGGAGAAAAGUAAAGGCCCUGAAGGUGUGCAUGUUAUGGAAACGGAGGUAGCUAAAAGCUCCAACAUUGAGAAUGCUAUAGGGGUGGAGAAUGGUAAAAGCCGUGAAAUUGAGCGCGUUAGGGGGGUGGAGAAAGAUAAAAGCCGGGAAACUGAAUAUGUUAUGGGGCUGGAGAAAGGCAAAAGCCCCGAAAUUGAGCAUGUUAGGGGGACGGAAAGAGCUAAAAGCCCCAAAACUGAGCAUGCUAUGGCGGUGGAUAGAGCUAAAAGCUUUGAAAUGAAGCAUGUUAUGGGGGCGGACAGAGCUAAAAGUUCUAAAAUUGAGCAUGUUAUGGGGGCGGACAGAGCUAAAAGCUCUAAAAUUGAGCAUGUUAUGGUGAUGAAUAGCUCUAAAAUCCCUGAAAUUGAGCAUGUUAUGGGGAGGGAGAAAUAUAGAAUCUCUGAAAUUCAGCAUGCUAGGGGGACAGAGAAAGUUAUAGACCGCAAAGUUGAGCAUGUUACAGGGGUGGAGAGAGCUAAAAGCCCCAAACUCGAGCAUGUCAUGAGGAUCUUGUCCAUCAGCUACAAAGACUUGCCUUACAACCUGAAAUCUUGUUUCUUGUAUUUCAACAUGUUUCCGAAGAAUUAUUCCAUUAAACGUGUGACGCUGAUCCGGUUAUGGAUUGCUGAAGGAUUUGCAAGAAGCGAGGAAGGAAAAACUUUAGAAGAAGUUGCAGUGGGCUAUCUCAAUGAACUGAUGCAGAGGGGCAUGGUUCAAGUAUCAGAAUCUUAUGAUUAUGGAAGGGUAAGGACCUGUAGAAUUCACAAUCUGUUCCGAGAUAUCAUCAUCUUAAAAUCAGAGGAGGAAAACUUUGGCUCCUCUCUUACUAGAGAGGUCAAAAAGAUCGAAGGGACGGUUCGGCGCCUCUCUAUUUUCGAAGCCAACGAUGAUCUUCUUCAAAAUACAAGAGCUUCCUACCUUCGUGCUGUGCUUUUCUUUGGAUCAAAUGCCAUAGGUUUCCCGUCCAUGCUUGACGUUUUCUGUAGAUUUAAAUUACUGAGAAUCUUAGACCUAGAGGGUGCACCUAUCGAGAUGCUUCCAAAACAGUUUGGCAGUUUAUUGAACUUGAGGUAUUUGAGCUUGAGGAAUACGAAGGUCAGUGAGCUUCCCAAGUCCUUGAGAAAGCUAAUAAACCUACAAACAUUGGACCUCAAAGGCACCUAUGUAUCUGAGUUGCCCUCACAGAUCAUCAAGCUCAAAAACCUACGCCAUCUUCUUGCUUAUCGCUAUUACAUAGGACAAGAACCGCCAUACUACUAUGCUCUUGGCAUUAAAGUUCCUCAAGGAAUAGGGAGACUAGGAGAAUUGCAGAAGCUAAUAUAUCUUGAUGCAAAACAAAAUAACGGCGUACUUAGAGAAUUGGCUGGACUGACGCAACUGCGGAGGUUGGGCAUUGUCAAUUUGAGAAAUCAGGAUGGUCCGCAUCUUUGCUCAUCUGUUUCAAAGAUGAAGGAACUUCGUUCUCUUUCGGUAUCAUCUAUUUACAUAGAGGAGCAGCAUGAGCAGCUUGAUCUACAGUAUUUUGAACCUCCGGAAAGGCUCGAACGUCUGUAUCUAAGGGGUCCUUUGGAAAAUUUACCUCCAUGGUUUUCCUCUCUCCAUAACCUUAAAAGACUGCGACUUAGGUGGUCGAAAUUGGCGGAAAACUCACUCGAAGUACUUCAUGGACUGCCUAAUCUUAUUGAACUUGUGCUUGUCCAGGCAUACGAGGGGCAGAGAUUAUACUUCAAUCAAGGAUUUCCCCAGCUCAAAAUGUUUGCUCUUGAUCGCUUGGCUAAUUUAGAAAGUGUUAAUUUGGAAGGAGCGAUGCCUAACCUUCAGAAGAUUUACAUCACGUCUUGUAAGAAAUUGUUCACAGUACCAGAAGGCAUAGAACAGCUGAGCAGCCUUAAAGAGCUUCACUUGUUUGACAUGGAUGCACUGAUGGGUAGAUUAAGAGAGGGGGGUGGCCAAAAGGUCAAUCACAUUCCUGUUCUCCGCAGCUACCAUAUGCGAAGAUAUCUAGGGGCUUUGGCUUUGAAUAUUUGCUUUCUAUUUUAUAGUGUCGUUGAUCUAUUAGGUCCUAUGGCAGUCAGUACAAGGUGGUUUGACAAGAAGAAGACAAUUGUGCUCACACAAACCGCGCGCGCGAGGGAGAAAGAGAGAGAGAGAGAGAGAGAGAGAGAGAUGCCGGUCGCGGAGAUAGCAAUUGCACAGAGUUUUGCAGGAAGUGGCCUAGGGAGUCUGGUACUUCCUACACUCCGGAAGUUCCUGUACUGCAUCGAGCUGGUGAGAGGCAAACACGCAGGGACCGAAGAACUCAACUCCAAUCUAGACGGUCUGAAAGCACUGCUCAGAGACACCGAGGGCAACGGCGGCUCUCAAACGCUGACCAUCAUGCGCCGCAAUCUCACGGAGCUGCGCUACCGCACCGAAGCAGCAGUCGACGCGGCGUCGAUCCACCUCGCCCACGCUCAAGAUCCCGGCUGCCGCGGAUGCCUCUGCAAGUGCGCCCACAACAUUUGGAACUCCUGCUCCCUCUGCUCGCUCGCUAACGACAUCGUCGACCUCGCCCGCGACGUCGAGCCGUUCAAAAAAGUCAUGAGCGAAACUCUAUCCAAACGAAUGGGCGAGUUCGUUCCCAGACCCGACAACCGAGCGCGGAGCUCCGCGGCUCCGGCCGGCCGGCUGGAAAACCGGCACGUCGCCGACGUCAUUGCCGACGCAGUUCUCGUCGGCACCGACGCCCCGCGGAAGGCGCUGUUCGACCUGCUGGUGCCUGCAGGAGAGCAGCGGCCGCGGCUGGACCUGAUCGCCGUGGCCGGCGAAAGCGGCGUCGGUAAGACGGUCCUUACGAGGGACGUUUACGAGGACCGGAAGGUGAAGGCAUGCUUCGACUGCCAUGUUUGGGUCGCAAUGGACGUCGCAUUGACGGAUAAACAGUUCUUGACGAAGGUGGUGAGCCUUCUUUACGGCGAGACGAACCGAAACCUCCCUCGCGGGAUCGAUAAAAUGGAGGUGCAGCAGCUCAGAUUGCAAAUACACGCGCAGCUUGUGAGUAGAAGGUAUAUAAUCGUCCUCGACAAUUUGAACAAAAGAGACGAGGAGCUGACACUCUUCCUGGAACACGCGCUGCCUAAGGAUAGCUACGCGCGAGUAAUAUUCACCACUCUCAUUCCGGAUUUUCAGCCCCCCUCCAGCCAUAAUCUCACUACUAUAGAUCUCAAACGGCUGUCUCCGGAAGAGGCUACGCUCCACUUCUGCAGAAGUACUUUUGAGGCCGAGGAAUGUCCUACGCAUUUGCGAGAUCUUGCGAGAGAGAUAGUUGAGCUGUGCGAAGGGUUGCCGUUUGUGAUUGCAGUUGUAGGCGGCCUCCUGUCCAAAAGAGAGCGGAGUGACGAGGAAUGGGGGAGGUUCCUUGCGGAUCUGAGACGGCGUGGGAAUAUUGGAGUUGUCACCGCAGUUUUAGCCAUGAGCAUCAACGGUCUGGAAGCCAAACAUAAGAACUGUUUAUUGUGCUUCGGCAUCUUCCCGAGAGGUUGUGCGGUUACGUCCGCCAAUCUGAUUCGAGUUUGGAUUGCUGAAGGAUUUGUAGAGGCGGAGCAAGGAGUGGCGGAGGCAGAACGGCCGUUGGAGGACAUCGCAAAUGGUUACCUCGAAGAACUAAGACAACGAAGGGUUAUCCAGCAGGCGGAAUCGUAUGACUACGGGAGGACGAAAAGCUGGAAGGUUCACGACAUUAUUCAUCAAGCACUCGUCGCAAUAGCUGAGGAAGAGAACUUCAGUACAAUCUCUAUGCGGCAUAGCAUGCUCAAGUACCGAAACAUUCGACGCCUGUCGGUUCAGGACACGAUGGAGGAGUUCCCGCAAAGCGUGAGCUUCAAAAGGCUUCGGACUUUGUUCAUUUUUAAACAAAUUUCCAACAUGCCGAGGAUCUUUCCUAGCAAGAAGACGUUGAGGGCUUUGAAUUUGGAGGGCGCACGGAUCGACAGGUUUCCAAAAGAAAUAGAAAGCUUGAUCUUUUUGAGAUAUCUCAACUUGAGGAAUACAAAGAUAUCUGAGCUCCCAAAUUCUUUGAAGAAUUUCAAAUUCUUGCAAACCUUGGAUCUCAAAGGCACCUGUCUGUCCAAAUUACCCAACGAAAUCCUAGAACUUAACAGUCUGCGGCAUCUUCUUGUUUACCAUUAUGAUACGGCAGAAAGCCCACCAUUGAUUAACGGCGUAAAAGUGCCGAAAGGAAUAGGUAAAUUGAAGGAACUGCAGACUCUGUCAGUUGUGGAUGCCGACAACGAUGGUGACAUAGUUGAAGAACUAAAACAUCUAAGCCAGCUACGGAGGUUAGGGAUCGUGAAACUGAGAGCGGCAGACGCAUCCAAGCUGCUCGUAUUUGUUCCAGGUAUGAGACACCUUUCCUCUGUUUCAUUGACGUUGUCGUCCGUUGACGACCAACCUCUUAGUCUACAAGAUUUGGCUGCCUCGCGGUGUUUAAAACGACUGUAUGUGCGGGGCGAGUUGCAAACAUUACCAACUAGCUUUUCCUCUCUUAAGAACCUCGUAAGGUUGCGCCUAAGGGGAUCUAAAUUGCGAGAAGAUCUAUUCAGAGUUCUUGAAGGUCUGCAGAGCUUGGCAGAGCUCUCACUGAUCCAAGCGUAUGACGGCGAACAGUUAGUCUCCAAACAAGGAGGAUUCCCUAAGCUAAAGAUAUUAGAUCUUGAUCAAUUGGAUAACUUGAUCAAUGUGACGGUCGAGGGAGCGAUGCCUGGUUUAGAAAAACUGAUCAUAAGGAAUUGUGAAAAGCUUAAAACAGUGCCACUAGGCAUUAUGCGGCUUACAAAUCUAAAAGAGCUCCACCUAUUCGAAAUGCCGGAGAAUUUUCUCUCAAAACUGAGUGGAGGAGAAGAUUGCGACAAGGUGAAACACGUCGAGUAUAUAUGCUAUUACAAGCAAGGGGUUCCUCGAAAAAUACCACCAAGCCACCACCCUGGUAUUCGAAUUAGGGAGGAGACAACGAUUUCUCAGCUGACAAGUACAGAUCCUACCAGGAAGGGUAAAGAGAUUGCUGAAGAGCCUCCAGAAGAAAUAAAACUAGUUACUGCAGAGGCGAGAAAUAAAUCUUCAUUAGAAAUCUUUACAGAAGAGUUCCUUGAAAUUGUCAAAGGUUCCAAAAUCUCUUAUGCUGAUAUUACCGUUGGCUUGUCAAAUCCUAUGGAAGAUUUUCAGAAGAAUCCUAAUGCCGUUGCUGGUGGCGCCCUUUCUCAAAAGGAAGUACAGGUUCUUCUUCAGAACAGAGAUACGGGCGCUUCGAGCUCGUCAACUGACCUGGUUACGCGACAGCAGAACACGGAAACAACUAAAUAGGGGCCAUCAUGUACAGGAAAUUGCUUCGCGGGAGUACGUCGGAUUGUUCAGGUCAUACAUUACAAGAUUCUUUUGCAGUGCCAUUCACGCUUGCUCGAUUACCGAAGUUCGGUGGUGCUAGUUUCAACUAGUUGAUAUAUUUACAAUUGAUUAGCCAGUUUGUGUAUUAGAAUUGCACUCUUGUUCAGAAACCUGUAAUCAUAUUCGCAGU